AUGGCAGAACCUAUGAGCCUAAGUGGGUGGGGAGGUGUGAGACCCGAAUUCAAAUCGGAAGGCCAGUUUGAAAUUAUAGAUGGAACAUGCUUUAGUAAAGAUAUGACGAACGUUGAAGCUGUACGAGGCAUGAAAACGUAUGACAAAAUGCGAGAUGAUGAUGUCAUAAUAUCGUCUUAUCCUCGGUCAGGAACUCACUGGAGCAUAGCAUUGGUAGACCUAGUGAUGCAUGGUGGGGAUAUAGAAACUGUCAAAGAAAGACAUAUUCAUGAGAGAAGCAUUUGGAUGGAUGUGCCAAUGACAGUAUUCCGUGGGGAAACAGAUUUGAGCAUGAAGGCUAUAGAGGAGACACCCAACCCCAUGAUUGUUGCAGAGAGUGCACCAUCGCCUCGUCUCCUCUCAACUCACCUUCCCUACAACUUUAUGCCAGAAUCAGUGAAACAAGGGAAAUGCAAAGUUGUGGCUAUCCUAAGAAACCCAAAGUCAGUGUUAGUGAGCAAUCACCUUCUACAUGCUGUACCAGAGCUCUUUGAUGUGGUGCCUACAUUAGACAAUAGUAUCGACGCAAUGUUAGCAGAUACACAAGACCAAAUGGUAUAUGGGAGUUGGUACAAUCACGUUAGUAGGUGGUGGCUAAAUAGAGACAAGGCCAACAUACACUGUAUCUUAUAUGAGGAUAUGAAAAUGAAUAUGGGAGAUGUCAUCAAAGGCCUUGCAAGGUUUCUUAACAAAAGCAUACCUAAUGAACGCAUUGAAAAAAUGGCAGAACACCUUCAGUUUGAUAAAAUGCUGAAAAAUCCCAAAACUGGCAAAGCAUUCGAAAAAUUACAAGUUGAUUCACUUGAGGCAACAGGCCAAGAUUUAGAUGCACUUAAAACCUCACACAUGAGAAAAGGUACAAUAGAUGACUGGAAAACCAAGCUCACAGUUGCCCAAAACGAAAGAAUUGAUGCACACCUAGGACCAAAAUUGAAAAAUAUAGGACUAAAAUUUCCUUCAAUAUGAGGGUUUAAAAUAAUAAACAUAUAUGCAGAGUGCAGACUAUUGUAAUACCAAUGAAAUUGUUUAGUAAAAGAAUGGUAUUCUUAGUUUGGUCAACCUUUUUAUUGAUAUGUAUAUUUGUAACACAUAUCAAUUAUUAAGGUUACAGACAUUGUUCCGCAUGCACAUUUGUUUGCCAAACUUACAAGUAAGACUAUCAAUUGUGCAUCUGUUUUGCUAAUUUCUGGAUAACAUGAACAUCAACAUCAUAGAUGUAUACUCCAUGGUAUACUUGAGACAUCAAGAUUUGGAAAUGAGGAAAUAAACCAUAGAUUAUACACCCCCAAAAUGCAAUCUGAUUUUCAAUGCCGUUUUGCAAAUUAUAUUGGUUGUGUACAAAGGUCUUGAUACUAAUACUUGUAUAA